AAACCUGGGAUGGAUUAAUUGGCUGGAGACUAUAAAAUCCGUGACAUAAUCGCGAGGGGACUCAGUUGAGGUGCUAAUUUCAACAAUUGCACAACUAUUUCCAAGAAGUGUGGAUUUUUCUUCUCGCGCUCCUCGUCCAAAGACGGUUUUCUGUGUUAUUUGCUCAAAAGUUUGCUUUAAAUACUCUUUAAAGAAGUGUUUCUGUGGAAUAUCACCGAGUACACAGGUGUAAUUGCCUAAAGUUAUUUCCAACAAUGCAGACGCCUCUUGUGGUCGUGGCCCUGGGGGCAUUUCUGAUGCUAACACCGGGCUCCGUGCUAGGUAGGCAAACAGUUUAUACGGAUAGCCAUGGCAAUUCGUAUUACCGAUACUAUGACCCCUACACCUACAACAACAACCCUUACUACAACUGGCGGCAACAGCGUGUGAUAACUCGGGGAUCGUACGAUCAGGACCUCAAUGGACAAGGAUGCGCGAGUAGACCCUGCGGGGUUGGAGCCCAGUGCCAAGAGGCAGCUGGAGGUCGCCCAGUGUGUUCAUGUCCAGCAGGAUACAGCGGAAAUCCUCUGACGCAGUGCGUUCGGUUGGGAUGCAUUGAUCAUGGAGAGUGUGGAUCUCACCAGGUUUGCAGGUCCGGAAGCUGCGUAAAUCCCUGCGUUGGGACUUGUGGCACAAAUGCCAAUUGCGAGGUUCGCAACCAUGUGCCCGUCUGCAGCUGUCCAGCUGGCUACAAGGGCGAUCCCUUCAGCUACUGUCGCCAGAUGGAUCCAGCCGAACUCUGCCAUCCUUCUCCCUGUGGAGUCAACACGAAGUGUGAUGUUAUUGGAGGAACUCCCACUUGCACCUGCCUUCCAGGAUUCUUUGGUAAUCCAUUGACCGGCUGUCGCCAUGAAUGUGAACAAGACGGCCACUGCUCAAACACUGAAUACUGUUCGGACUUCAAGUGCGUCUCGGCUUGCAAACAGUGCGGCCAGGGAGCCUCUUGCUCACGUUCUACCAACCACAGAGCUGUCUGCGAGUGUCCCAAGGGCUAUAUCGGCAGCCCCUACACUGAAUGCCGCCCAGAAUGCCUCGGUGACAGGGACUGUCCCCAGGGCAGACCAGCCUGCAUCUACGGCAUUUGCAAGAACCCCUGCGAAGGAGCCUGUGGUGUCAAUGCUGAUUGCAAUCUCCGUGGAUUGACUCCAAUCUGCAGCUGCCCGAGAGACAUGACUGGAGAUCCUUUCGUAUCCUGCAGACCUUUCACCAAGGAAGAUCUCUGUAUUCCCAAUCCAUGUGGUCAGAAUGCUCAGUGCACUCCAGGGUACGACAAUACCAACAGGGAAAGGCCAGUUUGCACCUGCCUUCCAGGAUACACUGGAAAUGCUCUCACAUACUGCACAAGGGGAGAAUGCCAGAGUGACAGUGAGUGUCCUGACCAUCGGGCCUGCCUUGCCUACCAAUGCGUCGAUCCGUGCGUGAAUCAGUGCGGUGUGGGCGCCGAAUGCCAUGCUAAGCGUCACGUUGCCGUUUGCACUUGUCCCACCGGCACCACCGGAGACGCCCUGGUGUCCUGCCGUCAGUCCCGCAGCUACCCCGUGGCUCGGUAUUACAAGAAGAAGAAGUAACCUCGAACGCUGCCUCCGGGAAUCACCCAAAAUACUCACACAAAAAUUGACUUUGUAUUUUUUUCUAAAUCCAAGCACUUCCAAGUGAAAAAUUUCCCAAUAAAAACGAUCUUAAUAUUCCGGACGAUAAAUAAAUGGAAAGAUUUUUGGGGUAAAUAUGUAUAUAAAUAUAUAUUUUCUCAAUUUUCGUUACACAAA